UUUGCAUGUGGUAGUAUGGCAAUUACUGUAGGGUUUCAUCAUGGGGGGUCUUUUGUAAAGGACUGGAUUAUCUAUUACAAUGGUGGUCAAGAGUCAGUAGUAGAGUUUGAAGAUGAUAAAUGGUGUUAUUUUGAAGCUUAUAGAUUAGUGAAAGACUUAGUCAAAGCGUUUAAGUAUGGAGAUAAAUUUAGGAUGUGGUGGCAGAUUGAAGAAGAAGUAGGUUUUAGAGUGGUUAGGGUGGAUGAGGAUGCUACUAAUAUAAAGGAAUAUGCAACUAGAAAAAAAUGCAAGGUUAACAUAUAUGUUGAGCAUGAUGUGGCUGAUGUGGAUGGUUUGGUUAGUCUGCCUAAUUUUGUUGAUGCAGAUGAAUUGGUUAAAGAUAUAGGUAAUGAAAUAGUUGUUGCAGAGGACCUGGCUAAGGAUAAUGGGAAGUGGAAGGGGAAGGAAAAGGUUGUUGAGUGGGAAGAUGAUGGAAUGGAAUCUGUUAAUGGAGGGUCAAGUAGUGAUGAUGAUGUUAGGGGUAUAAUUUUAGAUGAUAGUGAAGAAGAAAGAGGGCUAGGAAAGGAUGAUGGUUUUAACUUUAAGUUUUCCCCACCUAUGAAUGGUACAAAUAGAGUGAUAAUUGAAGGUAAUGGGUAUAGAGUGAAAAAGAGAGCAUGUAAAAGCCCAACCAAAAAGAAGACCCCAUCCAAAAAGAAGGCCCCAAACAAAAAGAAGAGUCCAACCAAAAAUGAUGCAAGAACCAGGGCUGAUGGUGCAAUGUUGUUGUUAGAUGAUGUUCAGAUUGUGGCUGAUUAUGUAAGUGAUGAGUUGGGUAGUAGUGACCCUGAUGAUUUUGACACUGAAAAAGCUCCAGAGUAUGAGAGGUUUAGAAUGGAACAUACGCAUAAAAAAUUUAAGUUCAAGAUAGGCAUGGAGUUCAGUUCUUUAGAGGAGUUCAAAGAUGCUAUAAGAGAGUGGACAGUUAUCAAUGGGUAUGAGUGUAAGUUUUUGAAAAACGACAAGAAAAGAUGUAGGGUGGUUUGUAAGUCAAACACAUACUGUGAGUGGAUGGCUUUAUGUAGCCAAGUGGGUGAGCAGCACACCUAUAGGAUUAAAACAUUGGGUGGGGACCACACAUGUGCAAGGACAGGUGAAAAUAGAUCUGCUACAUCCAAGUGGGUUACAAAAGCUAUUGUACCUAAAAUGAUGUGCACUGAGAGUAUGAGAGUCACAGACAUCAUAACAGAUAUGAGGACGAAUCAUGGUGUUGGUAUCACCUUUUGGAGGGGUUGGAAGGCAAAGGUGCAAGCAAGAAACAUCAUUGAUGGAGAUUCAGCAAAACAAUAUUCAAACUUAUGGAGAUAUGCAGCUGAAAUUAAGAGGGCCUCUGAUGCUAACUCAGUGAAAAUUAAUGUUGUUAGAUCUAUACCAACCCUCCAACCCAGAUUUGGAUCUUUUUAUUUUUGCUUUGAAGGUUGUAAACAAGGGUUCUUGAAUGGUUGUAGACCCUUCAUAGGUGUAGAUGGAUGUCAUUUGAAAACACAAUAUGGCGGGCAACUUCUGAUAGCUGUGGGAAGAGAUGCUAAUGACCAAUAUUAUCCUCUUGCUUUUGGAAUUGUUGAAGUUGAGAAUACUGAAUCAUGGAGGUGGUUUUUAACUCUUUUACUAGAGGAUAUUGGAACUGAGAAGAGAUGGGUAUUUAUAUCUGAUCAACAAAAGGGACUUAUGUCUGUCUUUGAUGAGAUGUUUGAGGUUGUUGAACAUAGACUUUGUCUCAGGCACUUGUAUGCAAAUUUUAAGAAAAAAUUUGGAGGAGGGUCAGCAAUUAGAGACUUGAUGAUGGGGGCAUCCAAGGCAACUUAUUACCAAGCUUGGGAAAAAAAGAUGCAACAGUUGAAGGCAAUCGAUGUACCAGCAUGGGAGUGGCUUAUGCUUGUGCCUACCAAGCUUUGGUGUAAGCAUGCCUUCUCUUUCUAUUCUAAGUGUGAUGUUUUAAUGAACAACUUCUCUGAAGCUUUUAACUCAACAAUAUUGUGUGCAAGAGAUAAGCCUCCAAUUACCAUGUGUGAGUUUAUUAGGACAUAUUUGAUGAAUAGGAUUGCAACUAUUAGGUAUAAACUAACUUCAUGGCAACAAAAGGUAAUGCCAAUGCCUAAGAAAAGAUUAGAUGUUGAGAUUGAAAAUAGUAGAAGUUGGAUUCCUAUUUGGAGGAUGGAUGAUGAGUUUGAAGUUAGUAAGCUUUAUGAAGGUUUUAAGUACAUAGUUGAUAUUGGAAAGAGAAUAUGUACUUGUAACUUUUGGCAAUUAGUGGGUAUUCCCUGUAGGCAUGCAAUUGCUGCAAUGGGUAAAAGGUCUCAAAAACCCGAGGAUUAUGUGGAUGACUGUUAUUCAAGAGCAACUUAUGAAAAAUGUUAUAGCUAUAGUGUAAGUGCCAUUAAUGGAGAAGACAUGUGGCCAGUUGUUGAUGUGGAAGAAAUGUUGCCACCAACUUAUAAGAGGGGUCCAGGAAGACCAAAAAAAUUGAGAAGAAGGGAAGCUGAUGAAGAGACAGCUGGUAAAUAUAAGAGGCAGUGUACUAGAUACAGAUGCACCAAGUGUCGUGAGGCUGGACAUAAUCACAGAUCAUGCAAAAGUACUCAGGUUAACCCAAUUGCACAAAAGCGGAAGAGGAAACCACCAAGGUCUGUGCCAGAUGCACAAAAUGCACCUUCUGAGAAUGUCCAAGAUGUGCAGGAUGCACAAAAUGAAAAUGCACAAGAUGCACAAAAUGAAACUGCACCUUCUGGUAAGGCACUUGUUGCUAAAAAUGCUGCUAAAAACGUGUCUGGUAGAGUUGUGGCUGCUACUAAGGGGUCUGCUAAAGUUAUGUCUUCUAAAUACAAGCAUGUUAAGCCUGCUGCUACUAAGGGUGCAGCUGUUACUAGGCCUGUAGUUGUUAAUAAGCCCGCUGCUAAACCUGCUCAUAAAGCUUCUCAUAAACAUGUUGCUGUCAUUAAGCCUGGCUACAAGUUUAAGUCUACUACUGAUAUUUCUUCUACUUCUACUUCUAUGUUUGUUACAAGUGCUAAUGCUGCUACUUCUAUGUUUGUUAACCCUCAUUUCAAGGUUCCAGCAAAGAAAAAAUCUGAAAUCAUAUAUGAUGUUACUCAGCUUAAAAACAAGGCAAAGACCACCAUGUCAUGAAAAGGGAGAACUUGUGAUGGAUCAAGAACAAAUUCAAGCUCAAAGGUGCCAAUUUACAACCUUAACAACCUUAGAAGGAGUGGAAGAACCUGCUACUUUGGUCCACAACCCAAAUUAGGUGCACUAGGGACUCUAGAGACCAACCCAAUUGGAAUAGAUGAGGGAGAUGGAGUGCUAAGUCAGGAGAACCAUCCAUGAAGAACCUGCUACUUUAUUUACAUAUUUUCAUCUUAAUGUAAUGGCUGAAACAAUGCCUUUUAUUUUGAUGUUAUGGCUUAAACAUUGUCUGCUAUUUUGAUGUUAUGGCUUAAAACAUUGCCUUUAAGUUAAUGCUACAAUGUGUUGGCU